UCAAUCAAUCCUAACAAAACUACUUCGAUCGAAACUCCAGUUUCUAUGAGCUGUCGUUUAACUUAUCAAAUUCGUUUACCAAAAACCAAUAGCUUAUCACCACAGCAAAAGAUCGAUUCAAUUACAUAUAUACAUACAUAAACUUAUUGUAUAUAUAAUUAUACAAAAAUCACAUCUUUAGCAUUCGAGAUCAAAAUAUCCAAAGAUGAUGAAAUGGGGUUUAUGGAUUUUGGUGGCUUUUUUGUUGAGUGUGGAAACAACUUUGGGGAUUAGAUUUGUUGUUGAUAGAGAAGAGUGUUUUUCUCAUGAUGUUCAGUAUGAAGGAGAUACAGUUCAUGUUUCUUUUGUUGUCAUCAAGAUCGAUUCUUCUUGGCAUUAUAGUCAAGAAGGUGUUGACCUCGUGGUGAAAGGACCAACAGGAGAUCAAAUCCACGAUUUUCGUGACAAAACGAGUGAAAAGUUCGAAUUUGUUGCCCAACGAAAAGGAGUUCACCGAUUUUGCUUUACUAACAAAUCUCCUUAUCAUGAAACCAUAGAUUUUGAUGUACAUGUUAACCAUUUUUCAUACUUUGACCAACACGCGAAAGAUGAGCACUUAAACCCUUUGUUAGAACAUAUUCAAAAGUUGGAGGAAGCUCUAUGGAACGUUCAGUUUGAACAACAUUGGCUCGAAGCUCAAACCGAAAGACAAGCAACAUUGAAUGAGUCAAUGGGCAAGAGAGCAGUUCAGAAGGCUUUCUUUGAAUCGGCCGCACUAGUAGGAGCGAGUUUUCUCCAAGUUUUUAUUCUUCGACGCCUUUUUGAAAAGAAGCUCGGAAUGUCUAGGGUCUAACCUUGGUUGGCAGCACAGCAACCUCAGUAGUAGGAUACAAAAUUUCCAACUAUGCACAUUUAGUAUUUUUCAUGUUUUUUUUACAUAUAUAAAAAAUGGCCUUGUCCUAGAGCCAAGGUUGUUGUAAGUUAUACACUUACAAAAAUGAGGAUUAAUUAACUUUUGUUUUUUUUUAAGGUUUUGAGGAGAAUUUCUUAAGAUUUUGAGCUUUAAUUUAUUUAUAAUUAUUAAUUUUUAUUCUUACAUUAUUAGAAGUGAAAUGCCAAAGAGCAUCUGAUACGGAUUCUAUUUGAAAUAUGCAGAAUUUUUUACUUAAUUGCAAUAAAGGAAAUAAUUAUUUUGGAUCC